AUGACCUUCCAGAGGAGCCACAGGUUGAACCUGCUGCGUCUCGUCGUGCUGCUCCUUGUAGCUUUGGCUGGCAUCAAGUUCCUCUUUCGUGACAGCCUUACCCUGGAGCUGCACAAGCAUGUCAGCAAGGACAGCAGGUUCUGGGGGGACACAGGAGACACCAGCCAGGACACUGGCCCCCAGAGCCAGGCUCUGGAGCUCUCUGCAGCAAAGAUAAUGGCCCUGAGGGGAGAACAUGGACAGCAGAUCACCAGGGACUUCAGUGCCACUGAGAUGAGGCUGGUCCACCUGGACCUCAAGGGAGCUGCACCCAGGGUCUCCUACUUGGAGCAGGUCUUCCCCCUCCUGUCCCAGCUGGGAGCCAGUGGCAUCCUCGUCGAGUAUGAGGACAUGUUCCCUUUCAAGGGAGACCUGGAGAUCCUCAAGUCCCCCUUCGCUUACAGUGAGGAGGACAUUGAGCGGAUCCAACAGCUGGCUGAGCUCCACAAGCUGGAGGUGGUUCCUCUGGUGCAGACAUUUGGGCAUGUGGAGUUCAUCCUCAAGCACCAGAAGUACCAGCACCUGCGGGAGGUUGAGCGCUUCCCCAACAGCUUCAACCCCCAUGUCCCUGACACCCUGUCUCUGCUCAAGAGCAUCUUGUCCCAGGUGAUUGAGAAGCACAGGCACUCCACCUGGAUCCACAUCGGAGCAGAUGAGGUCUUCCAUCUUGGGGAGGGGAUGGACUCCAAAAACUGGAUGAGCCGCAACAAGGGUGACACAGGAACCAUGUACCUGAAUCACAUCAAGGAGGUGCUGGGUUUCAUCUCCACACAGAACUGGGGGCUCCAGGCGCUCAUGUGGGAUGACAUGCUGAGGAAGAUCAGCGUGGGAGCUCUGCGGGAGUCUGGGAUAGCAAAGCUGGUCUCACCCGUGGUGUGGUUCUAUGCCCCCGACUUUGAUGCUGAGCAGAUCGGGCCAUUCCUCACCAAGUAUGCAGAUAGUGGCUUCAAGGCAGUGUGGUUUGCCAGUGCCUUCAAGGGCACCACAGGACCAGCACAGACCUGGCCCCCCCUGAGCUACCACCUGAAAAACCACCUGAGCUGGCUGAAGGUGAUAGAGGCACUGCCACGGCUGGCCCCGCUUCACUUCCAGGGCAUUGUCCUCACUGGCUGGCAGAGGUACGAUCACUAUUCGGUGCUCUGUGAGCUGCUGCCCGUUGGCAUUCCUUCCCUGGCCAUCUCCCUGCAGACUCUGGUGAAUGGGGGCUUCACUGAAGAGACGAAGAGGAAGAUCCUGGACUCACUGGGCUUCCAGAGCAUGCAUCUAGAGCAGAGCACCUGUGAGGGCAGGGGAAUAUUCCCGGGUGCAGAGAUCUACCACAUGGUCCAGCAGGUUAAUGACCAUCUGAAGGAGAGCAUCCUUAAAGCCCUGGAGGAGGAGAGUGCCAUCAAGGGCUGGUUCAGCCCCUAUCAUCGGAAGCACCAGUUUGGAAACCCCCGCAACAUGGAGAGCUUUGGCAGCAAGGUGCUGAAGCUCCAUGAGGACUGGGAGAGCUUCGUCCAUGACCUGCGUAAUCAACUGGAGAAGGUCUACUUCCCUGACACAGUGGAGGAGUGGAUGGAGGAGAAUGUCAGCCCCUACCUGGACCAACUGCGGGACCUGGUGCAGGACUACCAGGCUAUCAUCCGCCUCAACGGACGGCCCAAGGUGACACAGGGACCACGGUCCCCCCAGUUCCCGCUGUCCCUUUAA